ACAAGCAGCCAGGGAUAUUCGUGAUUUCCAGGAGGAUCUUACUCUCACAACACAUGGCGCGCCGCCUUUAAAGAGAGAGAUGGUCUAAACCUCGUGAUGUUUCGUGAAGAACAACAUAGCAACGCUGUCCAUCGCUUCCGCAUUGACUGCACUAGUCUCUGUCGAUGCGGGAGAAUGAAUAACUCUAAAUGUGACAUUGCCCACAAACGACGGAGACCAGCGCGGAUCAUACGAUGUGUAUACGUGGUGGGAUUCAUGGAUCUCUUUGGGGUCAGUAUGAUUAUCCCUUUGCUGAGUCAUCAUGUGAAGUCUCUAGGAGCAAGUCCUACAGUGGCUGGGAUUGUAGGAUCUACAUAUGGAGUAUUACAACUCUUCUCUAGCACUGUGGUGGGAAGUUGGAGUGAUGUGGUUGGGAGGCGCUAUUCACUACUGACGUGCCUUUUGCUCAGUGCCUUUGGAUAUGGCCUGCUGGGUCUGUCCACGAGUAUUGCGCUCUUUGUGCUGGCCAGGAUACCAGUGGGGCUCUUUAAACACUCCCUGUCUAUCUGCCGAGCACUCCUGUCCGAUCUUGUGUCGGAGAAAGAGCGGCCUCUAGUGAUGGGCCACUUUAAUGCAGCCUCAAGUGUGGGAUUCAUCCUGGGACCAGUGGUGGGUGGAUAUCUCACUGAACAUGAGGGCGGUUUUUACUUAUCCUCAUUCGCCUGUGCAGCCAUUUUCCUUCUAAAUGCAGGUUUGGUCUGGAUGUUACCUUGGAGUGAGACGCUAAAUCACCGUAUUGAUGCAAACGCUAACAGUAAAAGCAAGCCCAGAAAAUCCUACGAUGAGUUAAAGAACUCAGUCCAGCAGAACUGCUCAGACAAAAACCAUGUUCGCCAUACUAAUGCAUCAGCAGUCCGCAGUCGAACAAAUGGAGCCUGGAGCUGGAGAGACAUGUCUGUCGUCCAGCCUGCCUGGAGACAGCUGACCUCAGUGUGGAUACGGAUCCGCAUGGUGGCUUCCUCCGAUAUGUGGGACGUGUUCCUGGUGCGUCUUCUAAUGGCUGUAUCCAUAAUGCUGUACUACAGUAACUUCUCCUUAGCCAUGGAGGAGCGUUUUCAGCUCAAACCAAAGGUGACGGGCUAUUUGAUCAGCUACAGCAGUAUGUUGGGGGCCCUUGCUGGCUGUUUGGUGGGACCCGUCACACACCUCUAUGGCAACAACAUGUCUGCUUUAUUGUUACACUCUACUGCACUCACUUGCACGUUGAUCUUCCUGUAUGCCACGGCACCAAACGUCUGGCAGGUCCUACUUACUUCCACGUUCUUUGCCAUCUCUACCACUAUCGGACGCACUUGCAUCACUGACUUAGAGCUGCAGCGUGGGGGAGCCCAAGCUAGCGGGACGUUAAUCGGAGCAGGACAGUCGGUCACAGCUGUGGGACGCGUCCUAGCGCCACUGCUGUCUGGUCUGGCUCAAGAAGUCAGCCCCUGUGGACCUCCUAGUUUGGGCGUUGUGCUGGGACUUUUAGCUGUGGGUUUGCUAUUUGUGAGGACUCCUAAAUGGGACAGUAAGACACAGGUUAAAGACAAGAGUCCCAAACAAUGGGGUGAAAACCACUCAAAGUGACAGAAAGACGGAAGAUUGUGAUGGCAGCUGUCUUUUUUUCCUCUCAGGUGAUGUGAUUGUUUUUUUUGGAGAAUGUGGGAGUUUGGAUCUCUAUACCAGCUACUAAAUGUCACAAUGUCAGUGUGAGACGCCCAUCGGUAAGGCUUCUUCCUGUGCCGCCAUGCUGAAAGAGAGCAACUGCCUGUACAUUUGCAGACUUGACGGAGUCUGAUGCAAAGGCUAGUAAGAUGAAUGUUUAUAUCAGAACAUUUUGCUGUUUAGUGGUUCAACACCAGUGGCAAAACUAGCACCAGAAGUGGGACAUUUAUUGUUAUAUAAAAGUGUUUUAUGUGUUGAUUUUAUGUUUCCUGGCCAAAUUUCUGACUAUAAGUCGAAAAACAAGAAAGGUAAGGCUGAUGAGCUUCCAAGAAAACUGUUAACAUUUUGGGCAGGAGAAAUGUAACUAUGUGAUUGAGUUUUACCUCAGUGUUACCACUAUUUAUCACUCAUGCACUUCAUAAUACUACUCACUUCGGUGUUUUAAAAUUAAAAAACAUACAGUUGCCCCAAAGUCUAGCAAUAAUGUUUUUAUAAAACUGUACAAAAAAACUUGAGUAUAGGACACACACACUACUGUUCGAAAUUAAGUGUGGAGUCAGUAAGAUUUUAUUUAUUUAUUAUUUGGAACAAAAUCUAAUAUUUAUAUUUAGCAAGGAUGCAUGUAAUUGAUCAGAAGAGACAGUAAACAAAAAUUAGUUUCAAAUAAAUGCUUCUUUUUUCCCCACAAAAAUAUUAAGCAGCACAACUGUUUUCAACAUUGAUAAUAGUAAAUGUUUCUUGAACAGCAAAUCAGCAUAUUAGAAUGAUUAGAAUCAUGUGACACUGAAGACUAGAGUCAUUAUGCUGAAAAUUCAGCUUUGCAUUAAUAAAAAAAAGAUUUUUUUAAUAUUUUCAAAUCAAAAACUUUUAAUUUAAAUUGUAAUAUUUCAUUCAAUAUUACCGUUUUUAAUGUAUUUUUAAUCAACUAAAAUGAUGCAGCCUUGGUGUGUGUAUAAGAGAAUUAUUAAAAGAAAAGAAAAAAAUAUCAAAAUCUUACUGACCCCAAACAUUGGUUGUGUGUGGGAAAUGUUUUCUUUUUAUCUCUUUUGAUUUUUAUCAUCAUCUGAUUUUAUCUAUGUAUUUACAAUGAUUAUUUUAAAUGUAGGCUUUUUAUUACUAUCAGGAAUACCAAGUUCAUGCCGAAGUAUAAUUUUGUGUAAGAACGUAAUAUUUUAUUUUAAUUAAUAAAAGAAGCCUGAGCCUACAC